CAUAAACGCUAAACAAUACAUGGCCAUGAGAGAGAGGAAGGGCAUGGCUUAUGUAGGGUGUGUGAUUGGCUGCAGGUAUGUGUGUAAUCAGUGCAAUGGAUGAUGGGAAAUGUAGUCCAGUGAAGUGCAAAAGUUAGUGUGGUGCAAGAGUCCAUACAAAACAGAACUGGGAUCGUGACACAUGCGUAGAGCCAUAAGUGAAUUUGUCUACACAAAUAAAACAUUAACAAACAUUAUAAACACUAUUAACAUGUAGGCUAUGCAUAUUUUACCUCCUGUCACUCCAUGACAAAUCUUUAAAUGAAUGGAAUUCAUAAAAAAAAAAAAAAAAAAAAACAAUGAAAAAAUUUAAGUAGCCAUGUAGGCUUAUAAUAAAUUAUAAAUUGUAGCCUAUAAAAAUAGCCUAUAUAUAGUGCCAUUGGUUACAAACAACAUUUAUUUUAAACACCGAGUCUAAACUAAUUUAUUUAAAUAUCUCUCUCAAUCUCUCAUUCAGUCCAAAGUUUCCAUAUUUGUGAUGUAACUUGGAUGCUAAAGUAUUUAUGCAAAGAAGGCUCGUACUUCAGUCGUGUCCAAAUACAGUAUACAUGUAAAUCAGCACAGAGAAAUGAGUUUGGAAUACCGGAAAGUGACAGAUGAUUGACCUUUAUAUUGUACUACAGACAAAUGAAAUUAAGAAUAUUUUAUUUUUAUAAUUAACACUGCGAUGUCAUGUCAGCACUGCCAGAACUGAUAUGUGUGAGUGCGCCGGCGUGAUCACUUAGAUAGAAGGGGAAUAACGUAAACUAAUACUCUUUAUAGUCAUACAGAUGAAAGAAGGACAUCAUUCAAAGUGGUAAAAUGUAUUAGUGUGUGUGUACAUUCAAAAUGACUACAAAAUGUCAUAACUUGAAAAAUAAAGAAAACAUCAGAAUGCGCUGCUUUAGUGUGUCUCGAUCUCCUUUAACAUCUUUCUGAUGCACGCCACAAUUAUGAACCAAGAUAAAGCGAAUACUUGACACGUCUACUUUUAAAAGUCUACGUUUAGAUUAUUUGAUGUUAAGUGCAUUAUAUAAGUCACUAACGAUCGCAUGUGAUAAUAACGUGUCUUACAGUCCAGAAAAUACAGUACAAUAUAGCAAAUUAUUUUGCGGGCCCCCUGGCACUUUGAGAACUGCUAGCCUACACAGAAGAAAGCCCUGUCUAGGCUGUGCUCUGGUGCAGGUUGUGUCAAGCAAUUCACUAUUCUGGUUGUUUGAUGAGAAAAAGAUUAAAUGUAUUUACAAUAAACGCAUUAAGAACCUGCAGAGGAGGACUGUUAUUCUGCUGUGCGGAUGAACUGAAGACGGCACAGUUUGAUCGUCUGCUGACCAAUGAGGAGAAAGGGGAAUUUAAUUUCCGCUUAUGUGUAGAAAUCGAAUAUUAAUAUUCAAGCAGUUUAUUUUUUUUUCUACCUAUGAACGAAAAAUGAAAAAUCAAGCUAAAUUCCUGUUUUUUGUUUUUUUUUUAAACAAACGAAAAAACAAAAAAGCCAUUUUCUUAUUUUUCUACUUUCAAUAUUAAAUCAAAAAAUGACUGAAAGAAUAAUACACAGAUUAUACACUGCAUCUGAAAACGGUAAUUUAAUCUGUAUUUUCAUAAUAAUUGUAUGGAAGUACUACCUGGGAGUAAAAAGAACAAUCAUUUUGCUGAACUGGUAGGACAAACCAUAUUCACCUUGAACUGUGCUAUUUUUUUUCUCUGGAAUUCCCUUGGAUCACUCGUUGGGUUGUUCCUGUUGAACUGAAACUGAACUAAAAUACUGAGUGACAUCUGGACAUUGAAUCAAAUUCCUGAACAUUUUCCUUAUGACUGUGGAUACUGAUUUUGAAAUUUAUUCUUGAAACUUGUAUACUGAUUUUGAAAUCUAAAUUCCUAAAUUGAACUGAAGUGUUGAUUGUGAACUGAAUUAUUGUUAUUGUUGCUGUUUAUUUGGGUUUAUUCAUAUUAUUUUAUUUGUCAAAAGAUUCAAUUCACUUAAUUUACUCAGUAAUAAUAUAUUUAAUUUUCUAGCAAUUAACAGUUACCUAUGAGUCUGAGUUGUUUUCUUUCUUUAGUUUCUGUUAUCAGUUCUAUACGCUCCAGUGAGUCGAAUUAAUCUUCUGAUAUCUUAUAUUCUGAUAUCUUGAGUGUAUGUGUUUCUGAUCAGAUUUAUCCAAGCAGCUCCAUGAAGACUGAAUGAAUCAUGGAUGACACACAGACAUUAAGCCAUGUAGAUUUUUCUCCAGGAUGCAGUCAAUUUGAGGGUGACAGAUCAAUCUCACCGGAGCCCAGCUGUGUGUCCAUGAAGAGUGACGUGUCUGUGGGAGAGUCAAUAAACCUUGAGGGAAAACACACAUCAACUGAUCUGAGUUGUGAUUCUCAACUGGUCCAAAGCACAUUUAAAUCAAAUCUGCUGAAGAAGUUUCAGUGUCUGUUUGAAGGAACAGCAAAGAGCGGAAACCCAACACUCCUGAAUGAGAUCUACACAGAGCUCUACAUCACAGAGAGUGAAAGUGGAGAGAUCAAUAAUGAGCAUGAGGUGAGACAGAUUGAGACACAAUCCAGGAGAGUAGCAACAGAAGACACACCAAUUAAAUGCAAUGACAUCUUUAGACCUUUACCUGGACAAGAAAAACCCAUCAGAACUGUGCUGACAAAGGGAGUCGCUGGCAUUGGAAAAACAGUCUCUGUGCAGAAGUUCAUUGUGGACUGGGCUGAAGGGAAAGAGAAUCAGGACAUCCAGCUUAUAUUUCCACUUCCUUUCAGAGAGAUCAACUUGAUGAAGGAAAAAACACUCAGUCUUUCAGAUCUUCUUCAUGUCUUUUUCCCUGAAACAAAAGAAAUGGAAAUAUCCAGUGAAGAACAUAAAGUGUUGUUCAUCUUUGAUGGUCUGGAUGAGUUUCAUGUGUCUCUGGACUUUAAGAGCAAAGUGAAGCAUAAUAUAUCUGAAUCAGCCUCAGUGGACGUGCUUCUGAUGAACCUGAUUGUGGGAAAUCUGCUUCCUUCUGCUCUCAUCUGGAUCACCUCCAGACCCGCAGCAGCUGAUUUCAUCCCUUCUGAGUGUGUCCAUCGAGUGACAGAGGUACGAGGCUUCAAUGAGCCACAGCAAGAGAAAUACUUCAGGAAGAGAAUCAGUGAUCAGAGUCUGGCCAAUACAAUCAUCACACACCUGAAGUCAUCACGGAUCUUCCACAUAAUGUGCCACAUCCCAGUGUUCUGCUGGAUCUCAGCCACUGUUCUAGAGAAGAUGUUGAGUGAAGCAGAGAGUGGAGAGAUUCCCAAGACUCUCACUCAAAUGUACACACACUUCCUGAUCACUCAGACCAACAUCAAACAUGAGAAGGACCAUAAGAAGAAAGCGAAGAAUGAAGACAUGAUUCUCAAACUGGGAAAACUGGCUUUCCAGCAGCUUGUGAAAGGCAACCUGAUUUUCUAUGAGGAAGACCUGAGAGAAUGUGGCAUUGAUGUUACAGAAGCAUCAGUGUACUCAGGAUUGUGCACUCAUAUCUUCAGAGAGGAGUUUGGCUUGUAUCAAGGGAAAGUCUUCUUCUUUGUUCAUCUGAGCAUCCAGGAACAUCUAGCAGCUCUAUAUGCACACAUUUCCUUUACAAACAACUGCAAAACACUUAAUCCAUUAUCUGAGCUGCAUCAGAGAGCCCUAAAAAAGGCCUUAAAGAGUAAGAAUGGACAUCUGGACCUUUUCCUGCGUUUCCUUCUGGGUCUCUCAUUGGAGUCCAAUCAGACUCUCUUACGAAAACUACUGACACAGACAGGAAGCUGCUUCUACAACAAAGAGGAAACAGUUGAGUACAUCAAACAGAAGAUCAGCGAGAAUUGCUCUCCAGAGAGAUCCAUCAAUCUGUUCCAUUGUCUGAAUGAACUGGGUGAUGAUUCACUAAUGCAGGAGAUUCAACGUUAUCUGAAAUCUGGAGAAAUAGGAGAAACCAAUCUCUCCUCGUUACAGUGGUCAGCUCUGGUUUAUGUGUUGCUGACAUCAGAGCAGAAGAUGGAUGAGUUUUACCUAAAACAGUUUAUUGGAGUACAAAAUACAGCAGAUGAAGUUCUUCAAAAGCUGCUGCCUGUGGUUAAGGAAUACAGAUCAGUUCAGUUGAAGAGGUGUGGUGUCAAAAAAGAAGGUUGUGCUGCUUUGGCUUCAGCCCUGAGAUCAAACCCCUCACACAUAAGACAUCUGGAUCUGACAGGGAAUAAACUAAGAGACCGAGGAGUGAAUCGGCUCUCUGAUGGACUGAAGGAUCCUGACUGUAGAUUGGAGACACUGAAGUUGAGUGAUUGUGGCAUUAAAUGUUGUGCUGCUCUGACUUCAGCUCUGAGAUCAAACUCUUCACACCUGAGACAUCUGAAUCUGAGUGAAAAUCUCUUGAGAGAUUUUGGAGUCAAGCAACUUUCUGAUCUGCUACAGUAUCCUUACUGUAAAUUGGAGAUACUGAGGUUGAGUGUUUGUCGUAUUACAAUUAUAGGUUUUACUGCUCUGGCUUCAGCUCUGAGAUCAAACCCCUCACACCUAAGAGAACUGGAUCUGUCAUCGAACAACCUAACAGACCGAGGAGCAAAUCUGCUCUCUGAUGGACUGAAGGAUCCUGACUGUAGAUUGGAGAAACUGAAGUUUAGGAAUUGUGGUAUUACAAAUGCAAGUUGUACUGCUCUGGCUUCAGCUCUGAGAUCAAACCCCUCACACCUGAGAGAACUGGAUCUGUCAUCGAACAACCUAACAGACCAAGGAGUGAAUCUGCUCUGUGAUAGACUAAAGGAUCCUGACUGUAAAAUAGAAACACUGUGGUUGAGUUAUUGUGGUGUUACAGAUGAAGGUUGUGCUGCUCUGGCUUCAGCUCUAAGAUUAAACCCCUCACACCUGAGAGAACUGGAUCUGUCUGGAAAUAAACUAGGAGCAUCGGGAGUGAAUCUGCUCUCUGGUGGACUGACGGAUCCAAACUGUAAACUGGAAAAACUGUGUUUGAGGUAUUGUGGUGUCAAAGAUGAAGGCUGUGCUGCUCUUGCUUCAGUUCUAAGAUCAAACUCCUCACAUCUGAGAAAUUUGGAUUUGAAUGAAAAUAAAUUAAAAGACUCAGGAUUGAAGCUGCUUUCUGAAGGACUGAAGGAUCCUCACUGUAAACUGGAGAUAUUGAUGUUGUGGCGUUGUGGUGUUACAGGGGAAGGUUGUCCUGCUCUGGUUUCAGCUCUGAGAUCAAACUCACACUUGAGAGAACUGGAUCUGUCAGGAAACAACCUAAGAGAUUCAGGGGUGAAGCUGUUCUCUAAAGGACUGAAGAAUCCUCACUGUAAACUGGAGGAACUGCGGUUGAGUAAUUGUGGUGUCACAGAUGAAGGUUGUGCUGCUCUGGCUUCAGUUCUGAGAUCAAACCCCUCACAUCUAAGAAAACUGUAUCUGACUGGAAAUGAUCUAGGACACUCAGAUGUGAAGCUGCUCUUUGAUCUAAAGGAUGAUCCACAUUAUAAACUGGAGUUAAUACUUGCUCACAACUGGGAUUAGUAGUGAUGAUUAAAACUUUUCAUAUUUUAAGUUCAUUUAGUUUUUUCUUCUUAGGUUACUUUCCUGGCAAUGGUUUCUUACACACUAUAAACAUGUUUAAUAAUGAUUGAUUUAUUUUUUAUAAUAGUUUAUGUAAAAAUAUAGGACCUUUAAGUUUUGACUUCUACCAUUGGGGGCUAGUAUCAACAAGCAGUCCAAUAAUUCCUCUUUCAAAUAAGCAGUUUAUUGUCUUAUUUCCUUCGAAAAGCAUACACACACCAGGUUCACUGCCAUUUCCUGUCACUAGUUAAAUAUGUGUCACCACAGGGGGUGCCACUAUUGCAAUUCAAUAGAAAUAAGUACAUUGAAUUAUACAUAAAAUACAAAAGUAAAUACAAAUAAAUGAAUAUUUACCAUAAUUAUAAUAUAAAUAACUUCAUUCAAGUCAAAAUAAAAAUUCAAAAUAAAAAUGAAACAAUAAACUGGACAUAACAGUUUAUAAUAACAAUUAAGUAUCUUCAGGUUUCGCUUUAAAACAAUUCAAUAUGUUGCUUUUAUCAUUGUCUUUUUAUCCCUAAAUGAUGUAUUUUGAGAAAAUGUCAAUUGCAAUGGAAGAUAAUGGUAAAUAUUUAUCAGUAUUUACUUUCUUUGCCAUAAAUAAAAACUUACCAAAUGUCAUAGAAAGAGCAGUAUUACAGGAUUAUAGAUAAGGGUGAAGGGUCAUUAUUUAUGGUGAUUUGGAUGCAAAAUCAAAAUCAGAAUGUUUAAAAACAGCUUUAAAAAUCAUGUAUCACAGUGUUAUAUUAUAAACUCUCACUUAAUAUUCUAAGUAGUUUCUAUUCGUUGUUUUAAAGUGGAUAAUGCAAUAAUGUCGCAAACAUUUGAAGAUCUAUGUAUUUCUUACAGGUUUAGAUGUUAGUCUGAUCAUAGGCGUAAAUUGCGGGGAGUUGGGGGGGGUCAAUAAAAUAAAAUUAAAAACAAUGCAAAGUAUUGUAAAAUAAUGUUAUGAUAUAUUCUUAAAAUGAGAUAUUUUCACCAAAAUUGACACACACAUGUAUGGGCUCUCUCUGAGAACACAUAAAAAAGUGGUGUGAUUGUGCCUCCUGGUGGCGCUAUAAUUAAACAAAACA